AUGGCUGCCCCCGCCCAGAAGUUCAAGGUCGCCGACCUCUCGCUGGCCGCCUUCGGUCGCCGUGAGAUCGAGCUCUCCGAGAUUGAGAUGCCUGGUCUCAUGUCCAUCCGCAAGAAGUACGCCGCUGACCAGCCCCUUAAGGGUGCCCGCAUUGCCGGUUGUUUGCACAUGACCAUCCAGACCGCCGUCCUCAUCGAGACCCUCACUGCUCUCGGUGCUGAGGUUACCUGGACUAGCUGCAACAUCUUCUCCACCCAGGACCACGCUGCCGCCGCCAUUGCCGCCGCUGGUGUCCCUGUCUUCGCCUGGAAGGGUGAGACCGAGGAGGAGUACGAAUGGUGCUUGGAGCAGCAGCUCAACGCCUUCGCUGAUGGCAAGAAGCUCAACCUCAUCCUCGACGACGGUGGUGACUUGACCUCGCUCGUCCACCGCAAGUACCCCGAGCAGCUCAACGACUGCUUCGGUGUCUCCGAGGAGACCACCACUGGUGUCCACCACCUCUACAAGAUGCACAAGGAUGGCCAGCUCAAGGUCCCCGCCAUCAACGUCAACGACUCCGUCACCAAGUCCAAGUUCGACAACCUGUACGGUUGCCGUGAGUCCCUCAUCGACGGUAUCAAGCGUGCCACCGAUGUCAUGAUUGCCGGAAAGGUCGCCGUUGUUGCCGGUUACGGUGAUGUCGGUAAGGGUUGCGCCUCUGCCCUGAGCAGCAUGGGUGCCCGCGUCCUCGUUACCGAGAUUGACCCCAUCAACGCCCUCCAGGCCGCCGUCCAGGGCUACCAGGUCACCACCAUGGAUGAGGCUGCUUCCCAGGGUCAGAUCUUCGUCACCACCACCGGUUGCCGUGACAUCCUGGUCGGCAGACACUUCGAGGCCAUGCGCAACGACGCCAUCGUUUGCAACAUUGGUCACUUCGACAUCGAGAUCGACGUUGCCUGGCUCAAGGCCAACGCCAAGUCGGUCCAGAACAUCAAGCCCCAGGUUGACCGUUACACCAUGGCCAGCGGCCGCAACAUCAUCCUCCUCGCUGAGGGUCGUCUCGUCAACCUCGGAUGUGCCACUGGCCACUCUUCCUUCGUCAUGUCCUGCUCGUUCUCCAACCAGGUCCUUGCUCAGAUUGCUCUGUUCAAGGCUGAGGACGCUGCUUUCGGCCAGAAGUACAUUGAGUUCGGCACCACUGGCCGCAAGCCCAUUGGUGUCUACGUCCUGCCCAAGGUCCUUGACGAGCAGGUCGCCGAGUUCCACCUGUCCCACGUCAACGCCAAGCUCACCCAGCUUACCGACGUCCAGGCUGACUACCUCGGUCUGCCCGUCAGCGGUCCCUUCAAGGCCGACCACUACCGCUACUAAGCGUGUUAUAGUGAAUGUUUAAUACACCUUGACACAUAGACUUCUGUUUCUUUUUCAACAUGAUCACGAUGUUACGAAUUAAGGGUUCUAUCAACUCAGAGCUCAAAAGUAUUUGUCUUCAACGGCAAUAAAAGUGGCAUAUAUGGGGGUUUGUUUUUACUGGAUAGUAUUCUGUUUGGUUGUAUGGGCGGGUCCAUCUGGAGUAUGUUUGCAUUCAACAGUGCGUACUGAUGGGUUGGUUUUCUAUUAAUGAUAUCAUCACCUGGAAGACAGGUGUCGCUGGGGUGGAAGUGGUUCCACCGAGGCAGAUGCUAUUCAGCACUAAAUCAGAAAUAUAAAUAAUUCAAUUUCUCCACCAUCUUUUUGUCCGUAUCCAAUUCUAGACCCUUUCCGGUUCAUCUUUUCAUCGUCUGUAUCCUUUCUGUUUCACUUGCUUUUAUACUCAUCUAUCGGUAUUUGUUCUAUCUUGGUUUAGGCGUUCAAAGUAUACA